CUUUCUCUUUACCUUCAUGGCUGCACCUUUGUACACCACUGACUCUGGCCGGCUAUGGCAUGCCGGUCUGGUAUUGAUUUGUGUGGUGGGGCUACCUGCACGAGGCAAGACACAUGUGGCUCGUUCAAUUGAUCGUUAUCUACGAUGGCUAGGCGUCAAAAGCCAGGUGUUCUCCCUCGGGGACCAUCGUCGUAAAUUUUUGGGUGAUCCUCACAAACUUCCUCCCGACUAUUUCGCCACAGACGGAACCCGGAGUGAGUCGACCGAAAAACUGAGACAAGAGAUUAAGGCAAGUCUGUUGCAGGCGGUAGAUGACUGGUUUUCAAGUGGUGGACAAGUGGCAAUCUAUGAUGCCAACAAUGGUACCAGAGCUACCCGAUCAGAAUUGAGGCACCGAUUUGAACCGAUGGGUGUUCACAGCAUGUUCAUUGAAAAUGUAUGCGAUCGAGACGAUAUAAUUGAAAAGAACAUCAAAGCCGUCAAGAUUUCUUCUCCAGAUUAUCAAGGCUGGGAUCCAGAUGCAGUUUUAGCAGAUUACUGGAGCAGAAUUCGAGAUCAUGAGAAAACGUAUGAGCCCAUUGAACAGCCAAGCUUUCCAUUUGUGAAAGUGGUCAACAUAGGUGAAAAGAUUAUCGUCAACAACAUAUCAGGAUAUCUUCAGUCUCGAAUCGUAUUUUAUCUCAUGCAAAUACAUAAUCGUUACCGAACCAUAUGGUUUGCAAGGUCCGGCCCAUCCCGUAUCGAACACCUUUACAAAGCAGAUUCGGAGUUAUCGCCACUUGGUCUGGAGUACGCAGAUCGAUUAUGCUCCUUCCUGCGUCAUAAGCGCCGUCAGAUGCGUCACGAACUUGAAAAUAAGAAUAGACUCACUGUCUGGACUAGCUCGCGCAGAAGGUGUAUACAAACCAGUGCGCCGAUGGGAAAAGCCGGAUACAAAGUUUUGAUGCGAUCCCAGAUGAAUGAGAUCAAUCCGGGGGUGAUUGAUGGCAUGUCAGUUGCUGAAAUCAAGCAAAAGUAUCCAGAGGAAUACGAAAAGUCGUUAAAGGAACCAUACGCCCAUCGUUAUCCGCGAGCUGAGUCGUACCACGACUUAUCUGUUCGACUCGAACCCAUCAUUUUUGAAGUUGAACGCGACCGUUCAGACCUUUUUAUCAUUGGACAUGCCAGUGUGAUCCGAUGUUUGUUUGCCUAUCUUAAAGGCUUACCACCUCAAGAUAUUCCUUUGGUUCAGAUUCGGCGAGGGCAACUCAUUGAAGUUAGACCUACAGCCUACGGUGUCGAAGCCCGGACGCAUACAUUUUGGACCCCAGCAGAUAACCCAAUAUUGUACAAGUUUGUUAGCGACGAGGAUGCAUUUCAUCAUGCACCAGAAUCGGAGCAAAAAGCGGAUGAAUUGAACAAGGCCAUCGCCCCCCUUGCCAUUUAAUCAACCCCUUUGGCGAGAAAGAUAAGCAAGCUUUCUCUCAGGCCCUUGCCUGUGAUUCGACUGUUGAAUGUGCAUUGUGGUAUGAAGUACAAGAAUCAUAUAACGUGCAUUGACCGUAUUUCUUUUUUCAGAAUUAUACAAGAAUGAGCAAUCUUUGUGACAUGUUUUCACCCGUUGCGUGUAUUUACGUAUGACCUUAAGCAGCAUGCAACAGUUUGUACAGAGUUGUAGUACUUUAUUAAUCUCCUGUGCAAUUUUUCAGUAUAUUGCUUUGCAACCUU